AUGGGAAGAUCAAAAAGCGAAGGAAAUGUGCCGAGGACGGAGACGUCCAGUAUGAAGACGGCGAUGGUACUGUCGUCGUCCAUUACGAGAACGGCAACAGUACCGUUAUCGCCUAGCACGAAAGCGAUGACGAUACCAUCGUCGUCUUACAAUACGAGAGCGAUGAGGGUACCAUCGUCGUCUUAUAAUACAAGAGCAGCGGUAGUAUCAACAUCGAGAGCUAACGCGGGUAUGUCGCCGUCACCGCUGCCGCCGCCGCCGCCGCCGCCACUGCCGCUGAAACAAUUGCAGCAGACGCAGCCAACGUGGGGUGCGAAAACGCUUCCAGCAGAAAAAUCGAUUGAAUGA